UAUUAUGUGUCCUCAGCGCCGCCCGUUACUGCUGUAAUCUCCCGUGGGGCAUCAUUAAAAAUAAUGGCAUCCUCCAGCGAACGAGCCCCGAGUUCACUGCGAGCAGCGCCUGGUGUUGUGACGGAGGGUGGGCUCAAGGGGGGGCAGGAGGCUCCGCUUCGGGGCAGCAGCCUUUGCUCAGCCCCUUCCUGCCAGCAGAGCAAGAGCGUGACUAAUGAAGGCGGUUUUUAAAACGGGUUUCUGCUUAAUUGCUUCAAGGCAUAGAUGUUUUGGGUACCAGAGCAGCAAUGUUGAGGGCACGGGUAACGCUUAUAGGGGAUGCAACCAGCAAGGCUUGGACCGUCCCCAGUUAUCCCCCACCCCAGCUCAGACCCCUCCCCAAAUCCCCUUUGCUCCCACCCGUGCUGUGGGUCUCGUCCCCAUCCUUCCCCCCCUAACAGCCCAUGGGGACCAGGACACCCACGCGGAUGUUUAGGGCACACUUAUAGGGGAUGCAGCCAUUAGGACCGGGGCCAUCACCAGCUCUCCCCCCCACCCCCGAGCUCAGCCCUGGCUCUGCCCACCCCAAACCCUUGGGGUUGGUGGGAAGGGAAACGCCUUUCCCUCGCUGCGAGGAAAAUGAAACUCUCAGUGCUCCGUGGGGCCCCAUGGCUGCACCAAGCCCCACUCCCCUCCUCCCCAGCGAAGCGUCCUGCCCCGUUUGCCUGGAGUAUUUCCGAGAUCCCGUCUCCAUCCAUUGCGGGCACAAUUUCUGCCGGGAGUGCAUCACCCGGUGCUGGGAAUGGUCCACGGGGGAUUUCUCCUGUCCGCACUGCAAGGAGACGGCUCCGGAGAGGAGUAUUCGUCCCAACCGGGAGCUGGCGCGGGUGCUGGAGAUCGCCAAGAGGCUGAGCCUGCAGGCGGCCCGCGGGGACGGCCCGGGGCACGAAGGAUGCGAAAAGCACCGGGAACCGCUGAGCAUUUAUUGCAAAGACGACGAAGCUUUCAUCUGCGUGAUCUGCCGCGAGUCGCGGCUGCACCGGGCUCACGCGAUGCUUCCCGUGCAGGACGCUGUCCAGGAAUACAAGGAACAAAUCCAAUCCCAUCUGCAAGCACUAAAGGAAGACAGAGACAAACUCCUGGGGUUCCGAGAGGCUGAAAUGAGGAGAAACUGGGAGUAUUUGGAGAAGACCAGCGCCGAACGGCAGAAGAUUUUGGGCGGAUUUGAAGGGCUGCGCCUCUUCCUGGAGGAGCAGGAACAUCACCUGCUGGCUCAGCUGGAAAACCUGGAGAGGGACGUGGAGAAAACGCAGGAAGAGAACGUCACCAGCCUGACCAAGGAGAUCUCCCACCUGGAUAACGUGAUCCAGGAGAUGGAGGAGAAGUGCCAGCAACCAGCAAGCAAAUUUCUGCAGGACAUCAGGAGCACCUUGAGCAGGUUGGGAAAGGAAAACUUCCAGCAGCCCACGUUGCUUCUUCCAGACCUGGAAAGGAACCUCAGUCACUUCAGGGAGAAAAAUAACGCGCUAGAGGAGAUUCUGAGGAGCUUCAAAGAAAUCCUGAUGUUUGAGCUGCCUGAAAAGAUGAGCGUGACCCUGGAUCCGGCCACGGCUCACCCCCAGCUCGCCGUGUCGGCGGACGGGAGGAGCGUGAGGUGGGAAGAUGCCCAACGGGAUGAGGCCAACGAGGAAUUUGGGACCGACCCCUUUGUGCUGGGCUACGAGGGCAUCACCUCGGGGAGACGCUGCUGGGAGGUGGAGGUGACACCCAAAGGCUCCUGGGCUGUUGGAGUGGCCAAGGAGUCCCUAAAGAGGAGGGAAGAGAGCAGUACAAGCCCUGAGAUUGAGCUCUGGUCCAUGGGUUUUUGUGAGGGCCAGUUUUGGGCUCUCUCCUCCUUUGAGCGCAUGACACUGCCCCAAAUCCAGGUUCCCAGAAGGGUCCGGGUCACUCUGGACUACGAGAGGGGUCAGGUGGCAUUUUUUGAUGCCGAUAAGAGGGCCCUGAUCUUCAUUUUCCCAUCAGCCUCAUUCAAAGGGGAGAGCAUUCACCCCUGGUUCCUGGUGUGGAGCGAGGGCUCUCAGAUCACAUUGUGUCCCUGAAGCUCUCCUGUACCCAAACACAAGCGUUAUGUCCCCAGCAUCCCUCUCCUUAGCACUCUGGGGGACUCCUGUUGAAUUCCUCAUUGGGCUUUCCAUCUUCUCUCCCCAUUCCCAGUGACCCCAAAAGGUUAAGCACCUUCGGGCCAGUGUUCAGAAUAGUCACUGCUGGUUUUGGGGGAUUGGUGGCAAACGGAGACCCUGCUGCCCCAGAGCAUCUUGCACCAGUCUGAUUCUCCAGUCUUACGGUUUUAGAUGAAGUAAAAAGGGUUUUAUGUCA